AUGGGCCUGUAUCGGGCAUCAAAACUUGACGUAGUAACCGACUGUGACGAGAAAACUCGAAAAUCGGCAAACAAGGAUCUGGGCAAGAAGGCCUCCGAACGUUGGGAAUGUAUUCUUCAUUACCUGGCAUUACCGUCGCAGAAAAGCGAACAGGGUGUCAGUAGCACGACAAAAAUGCUUUUUCGGACCGCCGGUUUGACCAGUUAUGAUGAGGAUGGUGGUGAUAUUGAAAUAACCUCAGCUGGUUUCCAGUUUCUUUUGUUAAGUCGCACAGAGCAAAUUUGGACCUAUCUUUUGCAUUAUUUUCAUAUGCAAGAAGCAACCGGCAACGAUAUCACUGUUGAAAUUGAGUUUUUGCUCAGGUUAACGCUUUGCGUUGGUAGUACAAGCUCAAAUAUCGGCAACAACCAUGGUUCCGGUGACAAAGAACGGCAGAGCAGCAGCGGCCGUGCAUUUCGAAUUGAUGAAACCUGGUCAGAGCCGGUAAAAGGUUUUCUAAUGCAUCUGCGAGAACUGGGACUAAUUUUUAUUCGGAAGAGAAAAGACGGGUUUGUUUUUUUCUGA